AUGAUGGGUAGUCGAGGCAUAAGGGAGACCAUUCAAGUAGAGUCUCUUGUGACUCUUGGCGACAAGUACCGCGUUCUGGCUCCUAGUUGCUCGCUUCGCGAGCAUCUUACCGACAGCUACUGGUGCUCCGCGAUGGAGGAGGUCUGCGAAGGCAAACUUAUAGGUGUAGCCGUGCGUUACACUGGGCAAAAUCUUGUCCUGAUGCAGUUCAUCCCGAAACAGGUUUCGCCUGCUGGCUAUCGUUACCCCGUAUCUAUGUCUAUUCCUGUGGAGUACCUGGUGCCUGUGGCGAACCGUCUUAGCACAGAAAGUCCGUCGAUGGCAGGUAGCUUUCAUUCUUCCCCUGAACUAUCGGAAGGCACGGCGCACACAGAUGGCGUCACCCGAUUGUGUGUUGUUUGUGGGAGGUACAAUGUUCCGGGUAUGGUGCUACGUCGCCACGGCUAUAAGUGCAGGGAAUGCGUGGGGAAAAAAUCGAUCACAAACUUGCGCACUGAAGUUUCCCGUGCCAAGGAAGAAGUCAAUUUCUAA